AAAGUGAAAGUAGAGGUAGACCAAACCUAGCUUCACAAACUGAAGAGCGCUUUCAUAAUGUCAACACGAAGGCUUUUUUCUCUUUUAUCAAAGCCGCUUUUCCAAUGUAAACCACACUUAUUACGGACAGUAAGAUGCUCUUCUUACUUCCCCGUCAACGAUUCCCUGUUUGGGUUAACAUCAGAACAGAAGCAGCUGAGAGAGACUGUCUUCCAGUUCUGUGAAAAAGAACUUGGUCCCAAAGCUGAUGAGAUCGACAAAACCAAUGAGUUUAAAGAUAUGAAAGAUUUUUGGCUAAAAUGUGGGGAACUUGGUUUGAUGGGAAUAACAGCUCCUUCUGAGUAUGGAGGAACAGAGGGGACAUAUUUAGAUCAUUGUUUGGUGAUGGAGGAGAUGAGCCGAUUUUCAGCUGCCGUAGCACUGAGUUAUGGGGCUCACUCCAAUCUCUGUGUCAACCAGCUGGUCAGAAAUGGCAGUGAGGCACAAAAAGAAAAAUAUCUACCCCAGUUGAUCUCUGGGGAGAAGGUAGGAGCUCUGGCUAUGAGUGAACCUGGUGCUGGCUCUGAUGUGGUAUCCAUGAAACUGAAAGCAGAGAAAAUGGGAGAUUAUUACGUGUUAAAUGGGAGUAAGUUUUGGAUUACUAAUGGUCCAGAUGCAGAUACUUUAAUUGUGUAUGCCAAAACAGACUCAUCUGCAGCUCCUCAGCAUGGAAUUACAGCAUUUAUCAUAGAAAAGGGCAUGCCAGGCUUUAGCACAGGUUUGAAGUUAGACAAAUUAGGAAUGAGAGGUUCCAAUACAUCAGAGCUUAUCUUUGAAGACUGUAAAGUACCAGUGGACAAUAUGUUGGGGAAGGAAGGUCAAGGAGUGUACAUAUUAAUGUCGGGGUUGGACAUUGAAAGGACUCUGGGUUCAGCAGGCCCUGUGGGGAUAAUGCAAGCAUGCUGUGAUGUUGCUUUUGCAUACGCUCACCAAAGAGAAGCUUUUGGGGAGAAGAUUGGAAAAUUUCAGAUGAUACAGGCAAAAAUGGCAGACAUGUACACCACACUGAAUGUCUCCCGUUCAUAUGUUUAUAAUGUGGCUCGCUCCCUGGAUAGAGGAGAAAGGCAGAACAAUGAUUGUGCAGCAGUAAUUCUAUACACAGCUGAGGCAGCCACACAAAUGGCCUUGGAUGCCAUCCAAAUACUGGGUGGCAAUGGCUACAUUAAUGACUAUCCUACUGGGCGUUUCCUGAGAGACGCCAAGCUUUACGAGAUCGGAGCUGGAACCAGUGAAGUUCGGAGACUAAUUAUUGGACGAGCCAUUAACGCCUUCUACAAAUAAUCGGGCGUAUUCUCGCAAUACAAAAGCUUAAGUCUGUGAUCUUGACAAUGUUUUACUUGUGUGAAUACAGGCACUGUCAUCAAAAUGUGCAUUCAUAAGAAUGGAGAGUUGUCUACUCUUUGUUUACAGCUAGUGGAAUAUGAAGCUUAUAUUCAGUGCCCAAUUAGAACAAAUCAGAUUAUUAAGAACUGUAUGUUGACUUUCACAUCAUUGUAAAUUAUUUUCAUACCUGCAUACUUGUGCACAGGUAUCCCAGAUUGAUACUACACAGCAUUUCUGAUCAUUUUAUAUAUAUCUCAGGUUAAUGAUGAUGCAAUCAUGUGUCUAAUUUAAUGUUUUCACAAUUUAUUGUGUGUCUCAGAAAAAAUUGUUUAUCAAAUAAAAAAGUAUUAAUUUAAA